AUGGCCGUGCAGCAGGGUCUCGCAGCCACCUUGCGCGUGCUCUUCACAGGGACUUCGGGUGCUGGUCGCGCGGAUGCUCUGUGCUUGCUGGAGCGUCGUCCAACCGUUCGCACCAAAAGCUUCGUCAAGGCGCCAUGGGUGAAAUUGCGAGUGCAUGUCACUCCAAGUGCGCCAACGCGCUUCGAGGGCACUCGAGCAAUGCGUCAUCCAGGUACCAAACCCCUUGCAGGGUAG